GGAGAGAAUACUCCGCUCUCCGCCACUCGAGGUAUAAGUCCAUCAACCGCUUUUCCACCUCGAUUAGUCUCCUCUCCUCUUAUCUCCGUUCCUUUCCUCUUCCUCCGAAACUUUCCCCAACACUCUCUGCCCGCCGGAUCGAAGGCUCGAAGCUCGCCGCAAUCCAUCCAUGUCGGAGGAAUCAGGUCGCCCUUUACCUAAGUUUGGUGAAUGGGAUGUCAACGACCCAGCUUCUGCUGAUGGAUUCACAGUGAUAUUCAACAAAGCCAGAGAUGAGAAGAAGGGUGGGAAUGGACAAGACACUGAGUCUCCUUCCAAAGACACCAGAACCGAGAGGGUGGAAUCUUAUGCCGCCAAGCCAAACUCGAAGAAAUGGUUCUGCUGUGUGACGUCCAGCCCUACACAAUCUUGAGGAAGACAAUUGCCGUCACGGAAAUUAUGCCCUUUAAUUUUUCUAUACAUACUAUCGAUAAGACCUUGUAGAGAUACCCAGGGCCUCAGGCUCUCUGGGCUCCAGGAUGGUAUCUCGUAAAACCCUGAAGUGCUUGUAUGUAUGUGUGCUGGUUAUCGACACAUAUUUGGAAAGUGGACCUUCUGGUUGUAA